UAGUAUUCUUCACCAACAAGGAUAUUGUUCAUCUCAGAUCAGAUGCUCCUAGCACCGCUAGCGUUCAAAAACUCGGCGACACUUGCACUCAGAUGGGCGAAGCUGAAGUGCUCCCAAUCUGUCCAGAGCAUGGCAACACCAUCACGCCCGACUCGAAGCGGCGCCACAGAAAUUGUUCGACCAGCCGGCACAACCGCCUAGCCAGGGCGGGAAUAUUUACAUCAGUUCACUUCACAAAAAGUCAAGUUCAUUUCUUAAAAACUGCAGUCCUAGACCUUCGGAUUGUUCUCAUCCUCAUCAUCUCCAGCUUGACCUGAUGUCCCGGUGAGUUCUCCAGGCUCCACACCUUCGUUGACAAUCCCCUUCGCAGCUUCACGAGCUAGCUUGGACUACAAAACAAGCAGUUAGAAGAUGAUCAUCAAACAAAGAAAGCAAAACCGAAGGGUAAUACCCUAACCUCUUCGAGGCGCUGGCGAGCUGUGUCCCGCAAAACCUGGCGCCCAGCAGACAGCCAGAACUUUCGCAAAAAAGCUUUUUUCACAGCCUGAAUACGGCCAGUACAAGCUUCCAGCUUCAAAGGUUCCAGGAACUGAUACCCAGCAUCAGUAAUCUUGACCAUGUUCUGGCAACCUUCGUGCUCGAGUAACGCAAAAGCGUCCUCGCACGAGACAACAACAGAGUUAUCAGAAAUAUUUGUCAGGAUGUUUCCAAGUACAGCAAACUCUUGAAGUAUCCAAUCUAGCAAACCAGAAACUCCCAGACCUUUGGACCUCGCCAAAGGCUCAAGCUCAGAUCCGAAGGUCGCAAGAGCGUCCCUCUAUGUUUUUAAAGCGGUAAGGCGAGGCGAGGCGAUCCACCACCGCCUUAUCGCCUAGGUGACGCCUAGGCGGGCUAAGGCGGGCUAAGGCGGGACCUUAAACAAGGCGAGCCGCCACCGCCUUGUCGCCUAGGCGACGCCUUGAAAACAGAGGCGUCCCUGUAAGCCUUGUAGAUGGCAUCACUCUUCUCGUUAAUUUCAUCAAUCGCAUCAGUUAGCAACUGCAUAUUCUCUUGGGCUUCCUCUUGUAGCUUCUCAAUUAACCUAUCCUUUUCUGAACAAUCGGACAAAAGUUUAACGGCAAGGCUUUCAGCCUUCUUCACACUAUCAACCCCCUUCACAAUCUCUUGCCGCAAACCUUCGAUGGUCUCCUCCCGCGAGUCCAACUCUUUCUGUGCCUCAGCGAUAGCAAUAUCCUGACGUCUAACCUUCUCCUCAAGCUCCUCGUUAUGUUUCUUACGAAAGUCCUCAAGAUUAUGAAGCGUGGCAAUCUCCUUCAAUUGCUCAUUUUUCCAUCACCAGCUUCAUUCUCUCAGCAGAACCUUCGAGCAUUUUGUCGGACUCAGCUUUCGCCCUCCGAAGCAAAACCCUUCCAGCUCAAGAGCCUUUGCGUUCAUCGCCGCAACCACUCGGCCAAGAUCACCAGUACCAUAACCUUCGAGUUUCUUCUGAAAACCUGCAAAAAACACGACCGUCACACAACCUACCACAAACAUUUCACCAAAACAAACAAGUUUUCACAGCACUCCAUGUGGCAAGCUCAAAAAACUGGUAGAGCUUCGCUACGAUCAGAAGGCGUGAAAGCGACGCCUCACCCCCUACCUUAUAUAGGGGGUGAAAGUGAACAGUAACAUCAACGGUAAAAUCGAGAAAGAUACCAAAUGUCACCCAACGAAAAGUAGACACGUAUGCAAAAUUACCUUUGGCUCGUCCCAACCUCUGACGGAGGGAGACGUUUUUUGGUUGUAGGUGAUAGAGGCUUCGAGGGUUCGGCCCGUCGGAGUCGGCCCUCGCCCGCGAGGGGCUACUGUUGGGGAUCACCACCACGCAAACCGGAGGUUGCCCUAGACUGCAGGACGGAAGCCGAAGGUACCGAAGGUCGCUAGAGCCCGGAGGUCACCCUUCCGGCCAAAGGUCAAGGGAUGCGGCCUAAGGUCCUCGGAUGAAACCGAAGAUUCUCGAAGCCCGAAGGUCACUCCGAAGACCCGAAGCCUCAGAGACUCUCCAAAGAAUCAAGAAGGCUCCCGAAGGUCCGGCAUUAAUCCGAAGAUUGCAGAGGACCUUCGGGAUAGCGUCCCGAGCACGAAUCGGAUAGAGUAGAUAAUUUGUGCAUUCCAACCUAUAAAAUGACCUACGGCCUGGAAUAUUCGUAGAAUAUUCUGAGUAGGUAGGUGCAUUGAGGUCAUUAUGUAAUAAAGGUUGGGGAUAUAAAUACCCUCUAACCAACCUGUACUCGACACAUGCAUAUAUGAGGGUGAAACUCUGCCGCUUUGCUUAGUACCACCUUCGUGUAUGCAUUUUGCUUGUGUUACAAAGAAGCCAAGAACCCAACAAUCAUGGUAGCUUAAUAGAUUUGUGUAUAAAUUAUGAUUAUCAUAAUGGAAUUCAAUUCCAAGGUUCCGAACGGGUCUUAGUGUAUUUUACUCUUCUGCAAAACAUAUGGCCCUUUCUGGACUUGAGUAAAUCUCUACUAUUUUUUAAAGCAAGUAAUAAUUUCUCGAUCUAUCAAUCGGAAUCAUAAUCGGAACCCAAACAAAUCAAUUAGAAUUCUAAUUGGAAUCCAAACAAAUCAAUCCAAAUUCCAGUAGAAAUCCUGACAAUCAUACCUCGUAUAGUUACGGCACGACUUGUACACAAAGUGACAAAACAUGAAAUUGGUGGUAAAACCCGUAGCAACGGGCACUUUGCUAGUCUUAAACAAUGUGAACACCUCGUGGAAUAUGUCAUGUUGCCGUGGAUCAUUUGGUAUAUAUUAUAUCCCUCCUGAACAGAGCAACCAUCAACUUCCAUUAUUUUAGACAAGCCUCACACUAGCAAACUUCUUAGUUGGGCGCACAUGACAGCAGAUGAUGGUGCCAAGUGAGGUGUGCACGCAAGAGGACGAAGCAUCAAAGUAUGGGAGCCGCGUGACUCCAUCUCGUCCGGUACCACUUGAACCAAAGCCAAUCGCCAUGGAACUGCCCUUGACCUCGUCUCCUCUCCUCGUCCUGCUCCUCGCUCUCCUCCCUGUCCUCUACGGCCUGCUCCGCCUGCGCCGGGACCCCAAGAAGCAGCCCCGCGCUGACGGCCUCAAGCCCUACCCCCUCGUCGGCACGUUCCCGCACCUUGUCAAGAACCAGCACCGCUUCCUCGAGUGGACGACCGAAGUCGUCAAGAGAUGCCCCACGCACACCAUGUCCUUCAAGGUCCCCGGCCUCGCCGGCGUCGCCAUCACUGCCAACCCCGCCAACUUCGAGCACAUAGCCAAGACCAACUUCGCCAACUACCCCAAGGGCGAGGUCACGGUGUCCACGAUCGAGGAUUUCCUCGGCCACGGCAUCUUCAACUCCGAUGGGGAACAGUGGCUGUGGCAGCGCAAGGCCGCCAGCUACGAGUUCACCAAGCGCUCGCUCAGGAACUUCGUCGUCGACACGGUCCGGUUCGAGAUCGUCCAGCGGCUGCUGCCGCUGCUCGAGCGCGCGGCGCGCGACGGCCGGACGCUGGACGUGCAGGACGUGCUGGAGCGCUUCGCGUUCGACAACAUCUGCCGCGUCGCGUUCGGCGAGGACCCGGCGUGCCUCGCCGAGGACGAGGACGAGGAGGGCACGGCCGCGCGCCGGGGCGCCGAGUUCAUGCGCGCUUUCAACGACGUGCAGGACGGCAUCAUCGCCCGGUUCAUGACGCCAUUCAAGUCGCUCUGGCGCGUCCAGAGGCUGCUCAACCUGGGGCCUGAGCGGCGGCUGCUUGAGGCGCUCGACACGGUCCACGGCUACGCCGACCGGAUCGUCCGCGAGCGCAGAGAGAGAGCGGAGGCCGGGCUGGCGGGCAGGGACGACUUCCUCUCGCGCUUCGCCGCGAGCGGCGAGCACAGCGACAAGUCUCUCCGGGACGUGGUCACCAACUUCCUCCUCGCCGGGCGCGACACGACGUCGUCGGCGUUGACCUGGUUCUUCUGGUUGGUCUCCGGCCGGCCCGACGUGGAGGACAAGGUCUUGCGCGAGAUCCGAGCGAUGCGCGCAUCCACUCCGGCGGACGCGGGCGCGGCGUUCAGCUUCGACGAGCUUCGUGAAAUGCACUACCUCCACGCCGCCGUCACCGAGUCCAUGCGGCUGUACCCGCCGGUGGCCAUGGACGCGCACAGCUGCAAGCACGACGACUUCCUGCCGGACGGAACGUUCGUCGGGAAAGGGUGGCAGGUGACCAGCUCCGCAUACGCCAUGGCGCGGGUGGAGGACAUAUGGGGGAAGGACUGCGAGGAGUUCAAGCCGGAGCGCUGGCUCAGCGAGGACGGCGCGUUCCAGCCGGAGAGCACGUUCAGGUACCCGGUCUUCCACGCCGGCCCGAGGAUGUGCCUCGGCAAGGAAAUGGCCUACAUCCAGAUGAAAUCCAUCGUCGCAUGCGUGUUCGAGAGGUUCAGCUUCCGGUUCGUUGGCGGCGAGGAGCGGCCGGGCCUUGUGCUCUCCUUCACGCUGCGGAUGAAAGGCGGCUUGGCGAUGCAAGUGAACAGGAGGAGCUAGGCAAUCCAGGAUAUUAAAAUGUUACCUGAUGUAUUGUUUCGUAGUGUUUGUUCUCGUUUCUUUUGGUUUGAGUCGUAUGACUGCGAUCGAUUAACCACUGCUGAAUAGAUUCCUAUCUUGAGGUGAUUCAAAUGUAUAUUA